AUGCAGCGAAACAACAUUCUUUUCCUAGUGCUUCUCGUGCUCUACAGCGGAGUCAUCUCAGUCUCUGCUGCAGAUGCCGCUGCUGCCACCACCAAACCACUCGUAAAGCGUGUCAAGACGGUCGGUCCGGAUCGUAAAAAGUACAAGGAACUCCAGGCAGACAUGAAGUCUCAAGCCAGUGCUGCUGCCGUUCGCGUUGCGGCGGAGGCCGUCGACCCCAAGGCUAUUCGUCGGGAACGCGAAAGGUCUCACCGCCGAGAGAAGGUCAAGGAACGCCGAGUGGCCUUUGAAAAGGCUCGCCGCAAACCGCGCACGAUUCUCGUCAACAAGGACCAAAUUGAUACCAAAACUCUGACCAAAAUCAAUAAUCAAAAGCGUCUCAACACGAAGGAAAAGAAGCAAAUUGAAAACAUUGAACUCAAGACCUACCGCGAUCUGCGAAAGCAGGGCGUGGACGAGGUUUCCAAUACCAAACAAUCCAAGAUGCUCCGGGAAUACCGUCUCCGCAACAAGAAGAGACGCGGGGUCUUUCGCAAAAAGGAAUCCAGCAUGGCCCAAAUUUUGUUUCCGGGUGUCUCUCCGGAAGAUUACAUGCGCGAUGAAAAGGUCUGGAUCUACACGGAUCUCGUCGAAUCCAGACUCACACCCGUUCCUUUUGAUGUCUAUGAUCUUCCAGGAUACUUUGAAGAAGUGGAAACUCGUUGGCUCAAGAAGCAACGUCUAAGACGCAACCUGGGCAGUCGUCUGCUAGGACAUGACCUCAAGCCUGCUCCCUUUGAUCUUCAAGUCGAAAAGGACAUGCCCUGUACUGUCUUUGGAAAGUCCUACAUUGGAUCCAAGGAACUCCAAUGGCUCCGACAGCUUGUGGAACGCCAAUACCGAGUUCACUUGCAAUUGGAUUCUCUUCCAGUCCUUCUCAAGAGUCAUGACCUCAACUUUGCUCUCCGUGGAUAUCCCAUUGGAUUCAAGCUCCCGGAUGACAAGAAGAUUUACCUCUACAAUCACUUCAAGUUCACCAUUACUUACCACGAAGACCCCAGCACCUUUCAAGGCGUUCGCAUUACCGGAUUCGAGGUCCAUCCCGUCAGUGUCAUGCACGAUGCCAUGGGAGAAUCGUGUUCGGGAUACAAUGUCGAGAACCAAUCCGACCGAUCUACCUUUGUCUCGCUCGAAAAGGAACUCGGAAAGACUCCCGUCCUCUUUUCCUACGAUGUCAAGUGGGUCCCCAACGAAGACAUUGAAUGGUCGGACCGUUGGGACGUCUACUUGGUGGGAUCCCCAGAUGAUGAAAUUCAUUAUUACUCGAUUGUCAACUCGCUCAUGAUUGUCGUGGUCAUGACUGCGGCCAUUGCCUCCAUCAUGGUCCGCACCUUGCGCAAUGACAUUGCGGGAUACAAUGAAAUUGUGGAUUUGGAAGAAGGCGAUGACGAAACUGGAUGGAAGUUGGUCCACGGAGAUGUCUUUCGUGCUCCGGCCUUUUCUCCCAUGGCACUUUCCAUUUUGGUGGGAACGGGUGUUCAAAUUGGAGUGGCUGGCUUUUUGGCUGUCAUUCUAAGUGUCAUUCAUGUUACCAAUGCCAUGAACAAGGGGCAAAUGCUGACAUCCUUGAUUCUCCUAUACGUCUUUUGCGGAUCCAUUGCAGGAUACGUUUCCUCUCGGGUUUACACGCUGGCCAAGGGAACUGCCUGGAAGCUCAAUACCUUUUUGACUGCCACGGCUCUUCCAGGAUUCUGUGUGGUCAUGUUUUCGAUUCUCAAUAUCUUUUUGAGCGUUGUCAAUGCGGCUUCCAGUGUCAGUUUCUUGACCAUUUGCGUCUUGUUUAUCCUAUGGAUCUGUGUGGCGUCACCUUUGGUCUUUCUCGGAGCUUUUGUUGGUCUCCGAUUCAAGAGCAUUGAAGUCAGCUGCAAGACCAACAGCAUUGCUCGCAUCAUUCCCGACAGCAUUUGGUCGACUGCUCCAGCAGUCACUGCCAUGGUCGGUGGUGUCUUGCCCUUUGGAGCCGUCUGCAUUGAACUUGCGUUCAUCAUGUCGGCUUUGUGGUUGCACCAACUUUAUUACGUCAUGGGAUUCUUGUUGGCGGUCGGAGUGGUCUUGCUGGCCACCUGCGCACAAGUCGCCAUUGUCAUGUGCUACUUGCAACUCUGUGCAGAAGAUUACCGCUGGUGGUGGAAGUCCUUUUGGAACUGUGCUACUGGAGGUAUCUACAUUUUGCUUUACAGCAUUUGGUUCCUUACCAGUAGGCUCAAGAUGGUUGGUGGACUUCCCGUUGUCAUUUACAUGACCUACAUGACCAUGAUCUCCUUGUUGUUUGGUAUCUUUUGCGGCUCCAUUGGAUUCCUUUCCAGUCUCUGGUUUACCAAGAAGAUUUAUGGAUCCGUCAAGCUGGAUUAG